AUGGGCCAGGGCCAGAGCGGAUUGCCACGCUCGACACGCGAGGAGACCGCAAAGAAGAAGGAUGAUGCAGCUAAGCAAAAGAAAAAGAAAUUUGAGCCACGUGGUGGCGCCAUGACACGUAAACGUCGAAAGAAAAAAGGACCCACGGCGGCUGUACGUAUUCCGACGGUGUAUCCGACAGCUAAAUGCAAAUUACGCCUGCUCAAGAUGGAGCGGAUCAAAGAUUUCUUGCUUAUGGAACAGGAAUUCAUUCAAAACCAAGAGGUUAUGAAGCCAAUGCAGGAAAAGGACGAGGAAGAACGUUCUAAGGUGGACGAUCUACGUGGUACACCCAUGGGCGUUGGGACGCUUGAGGAAAUGAUUGACGAUAAUCAUGCUAUUGUGUCAUCUUCUGUGGGUCCCGAGUACUAUGUAGGUGUCAUGUCGUUUGUAAACCAGGAUAUGCUAGAACCUGGAUGCUCAGUACUGCUACAUAAUAAGAUCAUGUCAGUCGUGGGCAUCUUGGCUGAUGAUGCAGACCCUAUGGUAAGUGUCAUGAAGGUGGACAAGGCACCUCUCGAGUCGUACGCAGAUAUUGGUGGUCUUGAGUCACAGAUUCAGGAAAUUAAAGAGGCAGUGGAGCUGCCGCUUACGCAUCCAGAGCUGUACGAGGGCAUUGGUAUUCGUCCACCCAAGGGUGUUAUUCUGUACGGUGAGCCUGGUACAGGCAAAACGUUGCUGGCUAAAGCCGUGGCUAAUCAGACGUCGGCUACGUUUUUACGUAUCGUUGGCUCUGAGCUGAUUCAAAAGUACUUGGGUGACGGCCCGAAACUUGUGCGUGAAAUGUUUCGUGUGGCAGACGAUUAUGCACCAUCAAUUGUGUUCAUUGAUGAGAUCGAUGCUGUUGGUAGCAAACGUUAUGACUCGAGCAGUGGGGGUACCCGUGAAAUCCAACGUACCAUGCUCGAGCUACUGAACCAGCUAGAUGGCUUUGAUGAACGUGGUGACGUGAAGGUGAUUAUGGCGACGAAUGCCAUCGAAAGCCUUGAUCCUGCUCUCAUUCGUCCUGGCCGUAUUGACAGAAAGAUUGAGUUUCCUCUUCCAGACAUCAAGACGAAGCGCCGUAUCUUUGGUAUUCACACAGGCCGUAUGAGCCUGGCAGAUGAUGUUGACCUGGAAGAAUUCGUCAUGUCGAAGGAUGAGCUCUCAGGAGCGGACAUCAAGGCUGUUUGCACAGAAGCCGGUCUACUCGCGCUGCGGGAGCGUCGUAUGCGUGUGACGCAAUCGGAUUUUCGAAAGGCAAAGGAAAAAGCGCUAUACAAAAAGAAGGCCAACAUUCCUGAAGGACUCUAUCUAUAA